UCCGUAGAAUUCAGAUGGAUAAGCCGAGCCAUUGGAGAGGAAGGCAUUGUCCCCAGAGCCAGAACUUCUAGUGCCUCGUAUCGAAUCCAUAGCUCACAAUUUUGCAUUGAACACGAACAAUUUUGUAGCAGAUCGAGGAAUUUGGGCAGCGACGCCAACGAGAGAGAUAAUCCUUUUCGCAAAAGAGUAGUGAGUUAGCGAAUUAGGUGAGAGUAUGAAAAUGAAUAUGCAUACCUGCCAUGCAACGACGGCGGGAGCGCUUGCUUCCGGCUCCGGAAUGGGGGUCUGCAGGCUUGGGACGUGCCUUGGCAACCUAGGGUGGAGAGAUUUGUCGACUACAAGCUUUGGCGAGCGGAAUUUGAAGCUGAGAGUGGAGAUUGGUAAAAUACAACAGAUUUCGGACAGGGAGAAUGCUAGGGAAUCGAGGAGGUUGGUCUGUAGCGCAGUAGGUGGCGGAAGGGAUUUGUACCAACCUUUCCGACCUCCAAUCAAUAUUGAGACACCGAGUGGCGCCACGACAGUCACGGAGCAGUUAGAGAUUUUGAGAGAGCGACGCGGGUUGUGGUACGAAUAUGCCAGCCUCAUUCCAAUUCUGGUUCGGUCUGGUUACACCCCCUCCAUGAUUGAAGAAGAGACGGGAAUGACUGGAGUGGAACAGAACAUUAUAGUGGUGGGAUCGCAGGUACGUAACUCUCUCAAAGCCAACGGAUUCGAUGAGGAGAUGCUUCGGACUUUUGAUCUCGGCGGAGGCGAGCUGCUUUACGAGCUUCGAAUUCUCUCUGCACAGCAGCGGAGAACUUCAGCGGAGUUUGUCAUCGAGCGCAAAAUGAGCCCAAAGGAAGCCUGUGAGCUUGCGCGCUCGGUUAAAGACUUUGAGAGACGGAAGAAUUCCGAGGGUUACAAAGAAUUUACAUCCGCCCCUGGAGACUGCCUGGCGUUCGCCUUCUACCGCAAGAGCAUAGAAUGCCAGGACGAAGCAGAAAUUGAAAAGAAUCUCCAGAAGGGAUUACAAUUUUGCGUUUCGGACAAGGCCAAGGCCAAAUUUCGGGAUGCACUGAAGAAACUCGCCGGCAAAGCCGUCUCUGAGGAACUGGAGGAGGAGGGAAAAACUUUCCUGCAAGUAAUUCGUCUUCUGGAGGGUGAGGCCGUCGGCACCAAUCUUCCAGUCAUGCUGCCCGUCGCUGACGCAACCCUAAAGUCGUUCGAAGAUGUUCCAUCUGUCCGACCACAGGGUGAGGGUCCAUUCAAUGUGUUCUCCAUCAAUGCCUGGACAUCCUGGGUUGCGCUUCCGGGUUGGCAUCCUAUUGUCAGUGCUGGAGCUCCUGUGGCGGUUAACUUUCCUGAUGCUGCUAAGCUUCCCUUGCAAUCCAAUAAAAAUGGGGUUCCUAGGUUGCAAGAGCCCACUCUAAUAAUCGUAGACAAGUCAGACACGGAAGCUGACGAUAACCAAUGUUUGUACGUAGUGGCUCAGAAGGAUAGCCAGGAGCUUUCAAUCUCAUCUGCCGGUAACGUUUUAGAUAGCAGAGUUCUAGGGAGGGUGAUCUUUGCCUUGAGACCCCCCGUCCCACCCUCUGAGGAAGCAGUGGAAUGGGAGUAGAAAGUUAUGGAUUUCAGAUAUAUUUCGAGUACCAAAUUGUAGCUUCUCAUAUGUUCUAAGUACAAUGGAGCAGGCUGCAUUAUAUGUUACACUCUUUCAUUUGGUGAGGAAUGUGAGGUAGUCUACUUACCCUGCAUGCACUCAUUAGAUAUCGAAACUGACUCAGGGCUCAUUGUUCAAUUUU